AUGGCAUCCGUUCCUUCCCAAGACGAGGACGACAGAGACGAGAAGGUCGUGUUCAAGAUUGGCAGCGAAUCAUACGAGAGUGAUCAUGGUGUGGAACGUUACAGCGAUGAAGACGACAGCAGUGGCUGCUGCGACGACGAGGAAGCCAACGCCGUCGCGGCUUCGGGUCGCAUGAAGAGCAUGGGCGUCAUGAUGGGUGAUGAUUACGACGAAAGCAGCCGCGGCGAUAGCUGCUGUGUCCGUUAUUGGCUUUGUUGGAUUUGCUUCAGUUUCUUGGUCAUUACGAUGAUUGUGGGCUUUAUGGGAGCUGUGGAAUACCAAAAGGAAGCAGCCAUCUUGUACGGAAUCAUUGAUGAGGACAAUGGGGAUGUAGCUUGCACCGCGUAUGACGACAACGCUCUGACCGCAAUUAACAAUUUCUAUGAAGGCAACAAUGACACUUCUAAAUUUUGUCAGGAGGGUUUCCCUGAUUGCCAGUGCAAGCAUCCUUAUCGACCAACCAAGCCAACGGACCAUGGUCUCAGUGGACAGAAAUUCAAACGAUGA